AUGGAACAACUGCUGGAGUAUGAGUGGCUCCCAACUCAGUGUAAAGGGUGCAAGGUGUUCGGCCAUACAGCUAGUAUGUGUAACAGGAAACCUACUGAGGUUUGGAGGCAGAAAGGGCAUCCUGAACUAGAUGAGUCUAAACAGGGUAACACGGAACAACAGCCAACUUCAGAAGAAAAGAUUGUUACUAGUGGAGGAACGGUAGAUGUUAUGAAGGAUAUAGAGGCUAAGGGAUUAGAUGCCGGUCAGGGGUUAUCUAAGUCUCAGACUCAAGGUGGGAAUCUAGAGCAUACUGUUAUUGCGUCUGAUGGAAAUGUUAAUGUGACAGAUAAGUUGGAAUGGAGUGUUCCGAAAAGAGGAGGUGGUCUUAAGAAAGUUAAUAGGAAGAUUCAAAAUAACCUGAGAAACUCAUGUGGUGUUUUGCAGGAUAAGGUCAUGGAGAUUGGUCUUGGAGCUUUUUUGGAGACCAAACUUUAUGGUGAAAAAGUUGGGAAAAUGAUGAGUACUUCUUUUAAGGGGUGGAAUUACUACUCGGGUACUAAUUCGGAGGGUCGUAUUCUGGUUUUGUGGCUGCCUCAGGUGGUUUCUGUUGAGAUCCUUUUGGAGAGUGACCAGUUUGUUCACUUGCUUGUUAAAGGGAUUAAUUCUAGUAAAGUUUUAUGUGUUACUUUUGUGUAUGGUAGGAAUACUAUAGAGGGUAGAUUUCCUCUUUGGAGAGAUCUUGCUGGGUUAAGAUUCCCAGUGAAACCUUGGGUUGUGGCUGGGGAUUUCAACGCUGUUUUUACGGGUAAUGAUAGAGUGGGUGGUCGCAUUAUUACCGCUGUUGAGUUGGAGGAUGCUUGUAAUUGGAGGACGUUGGGGUUAGUUGAUGAGUUGCGUUCCAUAGGGUCUCAUUUUACUUGGACUAACAAUCAAGAUAAUGAUGAUAGGAUUUACUCUAAACUGGAUAGAGUGUUUAAAAAUGAAGAAUGGCUGGAUUUAUACCCUCAAGCUGAAGCUUUGUUUAAUUGGGACCUUCUUUCUGAUCAUUGCUACUGCAUCAUCAAGAUGGGAGCUGCUAAUAACAGUGGUUUGAAGCCUUUUAGAUUUUUUAAUAUGUGGACUGAGCAUAGGAGUUUCAAAGAUACUGUUUUAAAUAGCUGGAAUAAGCCUAUUAAAGGGAGAGGGCUGGUGCGUAUUGUCAGAAAAUUGAGCAGACUUAAAAGUGUUUUAUGCAAGUUUAAUAAACUCGUUGUGGGUGAUGUGGCUAUGCAUUAUAAUCUUGCGAAGGAGAAGUUUCAAAAUGCUCAAGGAUUGCUUCAAAGAAAUCCCCACUCGACUGAGUUGCAAAGGGCGGAAGCUUUGGCUGGUGCGAAUCUUGCUUAUCAUUCUAAAGCUUAUGACAGCUUUUUGAGGCAAAAAAGCAAGGUAGAUUGGCUGCGUUUUGGGGAUGAUAACAUGGCUUUUUUCAUGCGUGUUUAA